CACGGUUUUCGCGGCUGACAAGUCAAGCUGUGAUCUUCGAAUUCUCGUUGACUUUUUGAGCCCAGGUCGAUAUAUUACACUGGUUUUGUGGCGGAUCUCUAAAUGCUACUAUGCAUGCGUUCCAGACAGUAGACUACAUGGGGAUUGCACGAGAUACAAACUUCAAAGUCGUUGAGAAUGUGACAUACGAACUGCAGAGGGCUCGCCUGGAAACGUUGAGCAAAGAAGAGACGAUGGCAUUCUUCAUUAACAUCUACAACUGCAUUGUUAUCCACUGGAAUGCUAAGAUGGGGAGUCCAGGCGGGCUUUUAUCUAGAGGAAAGCUCUUCUUCAAAGCUCGCUACAUUCUCGGGGGAGAGCUCUACAGUCUUGGAGAUAUAGAAAAUGGAAUCUUGCGGGCAAAUUCUAAGUGCUGGUACUGGCCGUUCAAACCGUUUUCCAAAGGAGACCCCAGACUGAUGUGUGCACUCCUGGAUACAGAUCCACGAAUACACUUCGCUUUGGUGUGUGGAGCACGAAGUUGUCCCGCCAUUUGCUGCUACACUGCACAGGACAUUGACCAACAGUUGGACAUAGCGACCGAGGCGUUUCUGGAGGGAAGUGACGGCUGUCAGGUGGAUGGUGUGAACAAGGUUGUGACCCUGAGCAGGAUCUUCAAAUGGUACAAAGAAGACUUCGGGGCAUCUAAAGUACAGUUGACCCAGUGGAUAUAUAACCACAUGGGACAUGGUGAGAAACGACAACUGCUGUGGGAUCUGCUGCAGGAAGGAACGUUUGAGGUUACUUACAUGAAAUACGACUGGACAUCGAACAGAAGGAUAUAGUUUUACAUGUAUGACUUUAUGUAGGUACAGUAAAGCGGUCCUGUUGCAUGCUCAGCUCACUUUUCAGGUCGACAAGUCGGAGAGGGUAGCCUUCUUAGCAGGCUCUACGAUGGGAAGAACCCCACGCGGUUAAAAUAGAAGUCAUAUGCCAGAAAAGUGUAUUAUAAUGGCUCUUCCAAAAACCCAGUCGUAGAGCCUGCUACGGAGCCAGCGAGGCGUUUGGGUUAAAGCACCUUAUUGCUGCCGGUAAGUUAAGUUAGAUGCUGGCAUGUUAUAUGUGUCUACAGUCUCUCGCCAAAAACGGUAAUGUAAUGUAAUGUAAUGAACGUGUAAUAUUGAUAAUCGCUUUAAUGAACACGAAAGACGAACUGCUAAAGUACACAUCACUCAUCUAAUGCUGAAUACUGCAGAGCCUAGAUUGUCAAUUUGAUAUAAUUUAUAACCCAGAUCACUAACAAAUGAAAAGCCACCAACUUGUAAUAUACUUAUAAUAUAUACACUUCGUAACAUCGAUAUGACAUUUCGUCCGAAAAUAUUGACCAACUGCAACUUACGUUUACUUACAACUCUACAAACCAGCGUUUAUAAAACGAGAAACGUCUCGCAUGCAUAAUUGACAAGCAUCAAUACCCAUGUGAUUAUACGAACCCAGUAUGAUAGCAUAACAUGAUUCCGAAAGGAAAUUUUGAACACAAUUAGGAAAACAGAUUUUUUAUGGUCAUACAAUAUUAUUAUAGCAUUCACGCAUAAUAAUGGUAUAGUUUAAUAUUCUUCUAAUCAUCUGACUUCUCUGCUUUUUGUGGACAAUGAAUAAUAAAUUCUUACAUAUAGAUACAUAUACGGUUCAUAGAGUAAACUCAAAUUCAUCUUAUAUGAUAUAAACGCGUGAUCGAUGAUCUAUCUG